AUGCCUCCAGUACCACUACUUCGACUCCAAUGCGGUGUCAAUAGCUAUGAUUGGGGCAAGGUCGGCCAUGAGUCGGCUGCUGCCAAGUAUGCAGCAACUACAGCAGCUCCCGAUUUCUCAAUACAGUCAGACAAGCCUUACGCUGAGUUGUGGAUGGGAACACACCCCUCACUCCCUUCGAAAGAUCUCGAGACUCAGCGCACCUUGCUGGAUAUGGUUCAGGACAACCAGGCGUUGAUAUCUCAAGAGGUCAGCGAACGAUAUGGUGGAAAGCUUCCCUUCCUGUUCAAGGUGCUGUCGAUCAGAAAGGCGCUCAGCAUCCAGGCCCAUCCGAACAAAAAGCUGGCGGAAAAGCUUCAUGCCAGAGAUCCUCGCAACUAUCCAGAUGACAACCACAAACCCGAGAUGACCAUCGCCAUCACCCCCUUUGAAGGCCUUUGCGGCUUUCGUCCUCUGGCUGAAAUCACCCACUUCCUCAAAGUGGUCGCGCCUCUUCGUCAAUUGGUAGGGGAGCAGGCCGCCAGCGAGUUCGAGAACACAGUCAAGGGUUCGGAAGAAUCGGAGGACCCCGCGGUGACCGAGAAAAACAAGCAGGCUCUCCGCACCCUCUUCACCUCUCUGAUGAGGUCCUCUCCUGAAAGUAUCGAGGCCGCAACAAAGGAACUUGUCGCGAUGGCCCAGAACUCGCCGGAGACCUUUGCGACGUCAUCCAGCACACCGGAAACCAACCCCACUAAUUCUGCGGAACUGGCCGCCAUCACGGUGCGCCUCAAUGGACAGUUCCCCAACGACAUCGGCUCCUUCGUGUUCUUCUUCCUCAACUUUGUCAAGCUGGAACCGGGUGAGGCUAUGUUCCUCAAGGCUGAUGACAUCCAUGCAUACAUCUCCGGUGACAUCAUUGAGUGCAUGGCCUCGUCGGACAACGUUGUGCGCGCAGGCUUCACACCCAAGUUCAAGGACGUGGAUACGCUGGUUGACAUGCUGACAUAUUCCUACGCGCCCAUCGCUGAGCAGAAGCUUGAGCCGACCGACUAUCCCUAUGCGGUUCUCAAUGCCCCUGCUUACUCUAGCGCCUCCUCCUGCAUCCUGUACGAUCCCCCCAUUGAGGAGUUCAGUGUGGCCAAGACAGAUCUCAAGCGGCAAGGUGCCAAGGUGACAUUCGAUGGAAUUUCGGGUCCGAGCAUUGUAAUUUGCACCGCCGGAGCGGGUAAGAUAACAGUUGGUCCCAAGACAGAGGAGGUCAAGGAGGGCUAUGUGUUCUUUGUUGGAGCCAAUGCAGAAUGUAUCAUUGAGAACACGGGAGAAGAUACCUUUACUACGUUUACAGCGUUCUGUGACUUGACCGGGAAGGAGGACAUGGUAAAUGGAAACUAG